AUGCCACGAACCGGCAUUUUGUCGGUGCUCGACGACGCAUGUGCUUCUGUUGGAAAUGUGACUGACGAAGUGGGUAUUUCUGAAAGAACUCGACAAGAACUGCAGUCACACCAGCACUAUACCAGCAGAGGAUUGAAGCAGUCAGAAAAGAGCAUCAAAUUCGAUGAGUUCAGGGUUACCCACUACGCAGGCGACGUCACCUACUCAGUGAACGGCUUCAUGGAUAAGAAUAGGGACACGUUGUUCCAGGAUCUAAAGAGGCUGCUAUUCAAACAGGUACGAAAAGUUUUCGAUUUUUUGCUCGCAUUCAUAUUCCAUGUUGACAUUUUGGUGGCUCAACUGGCCAGUAAGGAACCACAUUACAUUCGCUGUAUCAAGCCAAUGAGGAAAGAGCAGUACUAUUUGACUUGGAGCGGGUGGAGCAUCAGGUGCGCUAUUUGGGAUUGCUCGAGAAUGUACGCGUUCGACGAGCUGGUUUUGUCUAUCGGUGCGGCUACGAUCGCUUUAUCAACAGGUACAAGUUACUCUGUCCAGACACUGUUGGCAAAUCCGAGGGGCAUUUCCGGCGUGAUAAUUGUGCCGAAUUUGAAGUUACAUUGGGAUGCACGAUCGAUUGCGUUUAUAGUAAAACAACAGGUGUUCAUCCGAAGUCCACAAACGGUGUUUCGCCUCGAAGAACUACGAAGCGAGAAAUUACCAACAGUGGUCAUUUAUCUGCAGAAGAUGUUACGUGGCGCCCUGGCCAGACGCCGAUACAAGCAGACAAAAGCCGUCUACAAAAUCAUGGCCACCUACAAACGCUACAAACUUCGCAGUUACAUGAUCCAUGUGAUCGAGUUAUUCCGGUAA